AUGCAGUCUGGCAAACCGUUCGGUUCCUCAUCAAGCAACCAGACUGAAUGGAGUCUGGAGAGCUUUCUCCAGCACCGUCCGACAAAGUUUGAUGGCAAAUGCAGUGCUGACGAGGCCGAUCAUUGGCUUCGUGAUAUGGAGAGGAUCUACGAUGCCAAGAGAUGUGGGGAUGAGAAUCGUCUGGCUUUUACUGAGUAUCUGCUGACCGGAGAGGCCGAUCACUGGUGGAGUAGUUCGAAGAUGUUAUUGGAGGACGAACGCAUCCCUAUUACAUGGGAAGUAUUCAAGAACAAGUUUUAUGAAGAAUAUUUCCCAAAUAGCGUUCGGUUCGCCAAGGAAGUGGAAUUCCUCCAACUAGUCCAGGGAGGAAUGACGGUGUCUGAGUACGCCAACAGAUUCAAGCAGCUGAUGAGGUUUUAUACUAUGAGAAUGAGUGAAGAAUGGCAGUGCAGGAAGUUUGAAAAUGGACUGAGAGAAGACUUGAAGCCAGUCAUUGCCAGCCAUUGCAUUCAGAAAUUCCCUACCUUAGUGGAGAGGGCAAAGGUACUGGAGAAGAAUCUGAUGGAAGCCGAAAGGCGUAAGAAGCAACAACAAUUAAGCUCUAGGGGACCUAUCUUUACAAGGAACAACUCUAGUCCCAGGACGAUCCCUUACUCUCGGCCCAUGUCAUCAUCGGGUCCUUCUACUUUGGCGUUCGGCCUGUUAGCUAUGCCAGACCGUCCGGUCAACCAGGGAGCGUGA